AUGGCGUCUCUAGAGGCACCCAAGGUGCCCGUCUACUCCGUCAACGAUCUGAAGGCUGCAACCGAUGACGCCCUUGUUCCGUACCUGACGUCCCUUCCUCCUCCGUACACAUUUACGCAAGACCACAGCAAAACAAAUGUCCGCUUCGCGAUAGGGUAUUCUGCCGUGGCUAUCGCAGCCUUUACCUUCUACGCUGAUCGCCAGCUGGGCUGGGAAGCAACACAGUCACCAUGGAUCAUCGCGGCGGUGACCUCGUACUUUGUUUUGAACUCCCUUCUAACAUACUGGAUAUGGGCCGUGGAGGGCGGUGAGGUGUUUCGAGGAAAUAGAAAAACAGGAGAGACUCUCACUAUCCGCUCUUCCGUGACGGCGCACUCCCCGCUCUACAAACUCGACGUCAAGUACACGUCUCCAUCAAACAAGACGCUCCAGGAGAAGAAUCUUGAGACAAAAUUCACCAACUGGUUCUCUGCCGAUGGUGUCUUCCACCCAAAACCGUUCCGAACCUGGCUAUCCAAAGAGAUCGAGGUCCUGCAACUUGCAGCAAAGGAACAGGAGAAGCUUAGCGGCGGCCUGUCAGGGCAAUAG